AUGGAGGGCCCUAGUCGCGUGUAUCUCUUCGGAGAUCAGACUGCUAAUUUCGACUCGGGUCUUCGCCGCCUGUUGCAAGCCAAGAAUGAUUCGCUCUUGAGCGCAUUCUUUCAAAAAAGCUACUAUGCAUUGCGGAAAGAAAUCAGUCAGCUGCCGCCAUCGCAGCGACAAAUGUUUCCUCGAUUUACAAGCAUUGUCGACCUGCUUGCCAGAUAUCGCGAGUCCGGCCCAAGCGCGGCAUUGGAGAGCGCAUUGACAACCAUUUAUCAAUUGGGAUGCUUCAUACACUAUUAUGGAGACCUUGGCCAUGCUUAUCCUUCUGGAUAUGAUAGCUGUAUCAUCGGUCUCUGCACUGGGCAGCUUGCAGCAGCAGCCGUAAGCUCCUCGCAAACAAUCGGAGAGCUCAUGCUUGCCGGAGUUGAGACAGUUGUAUUGGCCCUCCGGUUGGGAAUGUGUGUUUCCAAGGUGCGAGGACUCGUGGAAGCGAGCGAAUCGCCAUCACCAAGCUGGUCUGUACUGGUAUCUGGAAUCAAAGAGCAGGAUGCUCAAAAUCUGAUUCAAGCUUUCGGUCAAACGAAGGCUUUGCCCCGGGUUUCCCUGCCAUAUAUCAGCGCAGUCAGUCGCAAUGGACUGACGAUUAGCGGACCACCACGUUCCCUGGGCCAGUUCAUCGAUAGCUGCCUCUCAAAGGAUCAGAAGCCCGUCAGGGUCCCAAUUCAUGGCCCGUAUCACGCAUCGCAUCUCUACGAUGCAAGGGAUAUCAAUCGCAUCCUGGAGUCAUGGCCCAAGGAAAGAUUCGACGCCUAUGUACCUCACAUUCCGAUUUUCUCCAGCGAGACUGGUGAGCCAGUUCAGGCGCAAAAUCUCGAGCAGCUGCUUAGAAUCUCCCUGGAAGAAGUUUUGCUGCGCCAACUUUGCUGGGACAAGGUUAUUGAGGCGUGCUCUUCGGCCUUGGAUGCGACUGCCGCCAAAUGUACACUCCUUCCAAUCUCCAGCACCGCGACUCAGAGCCUGUACACUUCUUUGAAGAAGGCCGGUAUUUCCAACCUCGAGAUUGACAGCGAAAUUGGCAAUGUCCAGAAGAACACCGAGGGCGUCAACCAAACUGGCCGUGCCGAGCAGUCCAAGAUUGCUAUCAUCGGUCUGUCCGGCCGAUUUCCAGAGGCGCAGGAUACCGAGGCUUUCUGGGACCUGCUAUACAAGGGACUGGAUGUCCACCGCGAGGUCCCGGCUGAUCGCUGGGAUGUGAAGGCCCACGUCGACAUGGAAGGGAACACGCGCAACACCAGCAAGGUGCAAUAUGGAUGUUGGAUCAACGAGCCUGGUUCCUUUGAUCCGCGCUUUUUCAACAUGUCUCCGCGCGAGGCUUUGCAGGCCGAUCCUGCUCAGAGACUCGCCCUCUUGACCGCAUAUGAGGCCUUUGAGAUGGCCGGAUUCAUCCCCGACAGCACUCCUUCCACGCAGAAGAACCGAGUCGGGGUGUUCUAUGGAAUGACCAGUGACGACUACCGUGAAAUCAACAGCGGACAGGACAUCGACACCUACUUCAUCCCUGGUGGUAACCGCGCGUUCACGCCUGGGCGCAUCAACUACUACUUCAAAUUCAGCGGGCCCAGCGUUAGUGUUGAUACCGCCUGCUCUUCCAGUCUGGCGGCGAUUCACGUGGCCUGUAACUCGCUCUGGCGGAACGACUGCGACUCCGCCGUUGCUGGCGGUGUCAACGUCUUGACCAACCCCGACAACCACGCUGGUCUGGAUCGUGGCCACUUCCUUUCGCGAACUGGCAACUGCAACACUUUCGACGAUGGAGCCGAUGGGUACUGCCGUGCCGAUGGAAUUGGAUCCAUCGUGCUGAAGCGACUGGAGGACGCCUACUUGGACAAUGACCCGAUCUAUGGUAUCAUUUCUGGCGCCUAUACCAACCACUCGGCCGAGGCUGUCUCGAUCACCCGUCCCCAUGUUGGCGCACAGUCUUUUAUCUUCGACAAGCUGCUGAACGAAGCCAACAUCGAGCCCAAGGAAGUGAGCUACAUCGAGAUGCACGGCACGGGAACCCAAGCGGGUGAUGCCGUGGAGAUGCAAUCAGUGCUGGAUGUCUUCGCACCGGACUACCGCCGUGGUCCGACCCAGUCUCUCCAUCUCGGCUCCGCGAAAGCGAAUAUUGGUCACGGAGAGUCUGCCUCGGGUGUUUCAGCCCUUGUCAAGGUGUUGAUGAUGAUGCGGAAGAACAUGAUCCCGCCUCAUUGUGGCAUCAAAACGAAGAUCAACCACAACUUCCCCACGGACCUGGCGCAGCGUAAUGUUCACAUCGCGAUGGAGCCCACUCCUUGGAACCGUCCUGCUGGUGGUGCACGAAAGACUUUUGUCAACAAUUUCUCGGCGGCAGGUGGAAAUACUGCUUUGUUGGUCGAGGAUGCCCCUAUCAGGGAGCGAGAGGGCGAAGACCCGCGAGCCGUUCACCCUGUGCUUGUCUCUGCGCGAUCUCAAUCUGCGUUAAAAAGCAAUGUAGCUGCCAUGGCUCAGUACAUUGACACGAACAAGAAUUUGUUCAAUGUCAACGAGGCAGAUCUUCUCGCCAACCUGUCGUACACUACCACUGCGCGACGCAUUCACCACCCCUUCCGGGCUUUUGCUGUUGGCUCUACUCUGGAAGAAAUCAAAAAUGGUCUCAACUCCAGCGUCGGCCGUGAGAGCAUUACACCUGUUCCCACGACCGCUCCUGGAGUCGGCUUCAUCUUUACUGGCCAGGGUGCUCAGUACACUGGCAUGGGUAGCCAGCUGUAUGAGAACAGCUCUGAAUUCCGAUCUCAUAUCGAGCAUCUUGACCGCAUUUCCCAGAGCCAAGGAUACCCAUCUAUAGUUCCGCUGAUUGAUGGGAGCAUUCCCAUCGAGGAUCUCGGUCCUGUUGUCACCCAGCUGGGAACUACCUGUGUGCAGAUGGCUUUGACCAAGUUCUGGAUCUCUCUCGGAGUCAUUCCGACUUUUGUUCUUGGCCACAGCUUGGGUGAAUAUGCUGCAUUGAACGCGGCCGGUGUCUUAACUACCAGUGAUACCAUCUAUCUGGCUGGCCGCCGUGCUCAGCUCCUGACAGAGCAGUGCCAGAUGGGAACCCACGCUAUGCUGGCAGUGAAGUCUUCGGUCGCUCAAGUCAAACAGUUCCUCGACGAUGAUGCUGCCGAAGUUGCCUGCAUCAAUGCUCCUAGUGAGACCGUCAUCAGUGGAGCGAGUGAGAAGAUCGACCAACUUGCCGACAAGCUGGCAAACGAGGGCUUCAAGGCUACUAAGCUGAAGGUGCCUUUUGCCUUCCAUUCUGCCCAGGUUGAUCCUAUCCUCAAGAGCCUGGCCGAGGUUGCCAAGGAUAUCACUUUCCAUGAGCCUGCCAUUCCAUUCGUGUCUGCUCUCCUUGGAGAUGUUAUCAAGGAGGCCAACCCUGAUCUUCUCGCUCCCAGCUAUCUGACGAGGCAUUGCCGUGAGACUGUCAACUUCCUUGCGGCUCUGGAGGCAACUCGCCACGCCAAACUUAUGAACGACAAAACCCUGUGGGUUGAGAUUGGGUCCCACCCUGUAUGCUCCGGGAUGGUCAAAUCGACGUUCGGUCCUCAAGCGCCUACUGUGCCAUCUCUUCGCCGUCAGGAGGACACUUGGAAGGUUCUGUCCAACAGUCUUUCCUCACUCUACAUGGCCGGGGUUGAUCUGCGCUGGAAGGAAUACCACCAAGACUUCAGUGCCACCCAUGAAGUUCUUCCUCUUCCUGCUUACAAGUGGGAUCUGAAGAACUACUGGAUUCCGUACACCAACAACUUCUGCUUAUUGAAGGGUGCUCCUGCGAAGCCUGCGGCCGAGGUUGCAUCGGCCUCGACCUUCCUGACAAGUUCUGCUCAAAAGAUUUUGGAGACCAGCGGUGACGAGAAGACUGCGACUGUUGUCAUUGAGAAUGAUAUCUCGGAACCAGAGCUCAACCGGGUCAUUCAGGGCCACAAGGUCAAUGGAGCAGCCCUUUGCCCCUCGUCUCUGUAUGCAGAUAUUGCUCAGACACUGGGCGAAUAUCUCGUGGAGAAGUACAAGCCGGAGUGGAAAGAGCGUGGUUUCGACGUUUGCAACGUGGUGGUUCCCAAGCCGAUGAUUGCAAAGGGUGGCCAACAACUCUUCCGUGUCUCUGCAACGGCCAACUGGGCGAAGGAGAACGCUGAGAUCCAAGUCUGGUCUGUUACUGCGGAAGGAAAGAAGAUCAUGGACCAUGCCACCUGCACUGUCAAAUACUUCGACACUAGUGCCGCUGAGCUUGAGUGGAAGCGCAGCACCUACCUUAUCAAGCGCAGCAUUGAACACCUGAAGGAGAGUACGGAGACUGGUGAAGCUCACCGCAUGAAGCGCGGUAUGGUCUACAAGCUGUUUGCCUCUCUUGUUGACUAUGAUGACAACUUCAAGUCUAUUCAAGAAGUCAUUCUGGACAGUGACCAACAUGAAGCUACUGCCCUGGUCAAAUUCCAGGCCCCACCAGGCAACUUCCACCGCAAUCCAUUCUGGAUUGACAGCAUUGGCCACCUUUCUGGAUUCAUCAUGAAUGCCAGUGAUGUGACCGAUUCCAAGAACCAGGUGUUCGUGAAUCACGGCUGGGACUCGAUGCGGUGCCUGAAGAAGUUCGACCCUAGCGUCACAUACCGCACAUACGUGCGUAUGCAGCCAUGGAAGGACUCCAUAUGGGCUGGUGAUGUGUAUCUCUUUGAGGAAGACAACAUUGUUGCGGUGUACGGUGGAGUCAAAUUCCAAGCGCUGGCGCGGAAGAUCCUUGACACUGUUCUUCCCCCUACUAGUGCCAAACCUGCCGCUAGACCUGCUGCCAAGGCCAAGCCUGCACACAUCGAUGUCCAGAAGUCCAAGGCGACACCAGCAAAGAAGUCAUCGACACCGAAGUCCACGGGGCCGAGCAUUACUACUAGUGCACUUGCUAUUCUGGCCGAGGAGGUUGGGCUCUCUGCAUCUGACAUGACGGAUGAUCUGAACUUCGCAGACUACGGUGUCGAUUCGCUGCUCUCCUUGACUGUGACCGGCCGCUACCGUGAGGAGAUGAAUCUUGACCUGGAGUCAUCUGUCUUUGUUGAUCAACCUACAAUCAAGGACUUCAAACAACUUUUGGCAUCCAUGGGCCCUGCUGAGAGCAGCACCGACGGAUCCGGUAGCGAGCCUGACAUCUCGUCUGCCGCCUCCUCUACAGACAUUUCUUCUCCUAACUCGAGUGGUCUCCCCACGCCUGCAAACGAGAAGAAUAUGACCCUUGAGCAGAAUGACAGCAUGAAACAAAUCUGCGAGAUUCUAGCUGAGGAAAUCGGCGUUGAGCCUCACGAACUACAGGGAGACGCCAACCUUGGAGAGAUGGGUCUCGACUCUUUGAUGUCGCUCACUGUCCUGGGUAAGAUUCGGGAGACUCUUGACCUCGAUCUUUCUGGGGAGUUCUUCAUUGAAAACCAGACCAUCGACGAAGUUGAGGUCGCCCUUGAUCUGAAGCCUAAGGUUAUGGCUCCUGAGCAAGUCAAAAAGCCCGAACAGAUUCAGGUUCAGGCCCCAAAGGCUACAUCAAGCACGGCCAUUCAGCAUCCAUCUGCCACCUCGAUUCUUCUCCAAGGAAACCCCAAGACGGCUACUCAAAAGUUGUUCUUGUUCCCUGACGGCUCCGGGUCUGCAACCUCCUAUGCCACAAUUCCGGGUAUCUCCCCCCAAGUCUGCGUGUAUGGGCUCAACUGUCCUUAUAUGCGGAAUCCGGAGAACUUGAAGUUUAGCCUGGAUGAGCUCACCCACCCCUAUGUGGCUGAGAUUCGGCGCCGUCAACCACAUGGUCCAUACAACUUCGGUGGAUGGUCCGCAGGAGGUAUCUGCGCUUAUGAUGCAGCUCGCCACUUGAUCUUCGAAGAAGGCGAGCGUGUCGAGCGCUUGCUUCUCCUCGACUCUCCUUUCCCGAUCGGACUGGAGAAGCUCCCUCGCCGUCUGUACAGAUUCUUCGAUACGAUCGGUCUCUUCGGAGAGGGCAAGACUCCCCCGCCCAGCUGGCUGCUCCCUCAUUUCCUGGCCUUCAUCGAUUCACUUGAUGCAUACAAGGCCGUGCCGCUCCCCUUCAACGACAGCCAGCACGCGGAGAAAAUUCCGAAGACAUUCAUGGUCUGGGCUAAGGAUGGCGUCUGCAGCGGACCAAAUGACCCGCGUCCUGCGCCCGCAGAGGACGGCAGCCCUGAUCCCCGCGAGAUGCUCUGGCUGCUGAACAACCGCACUGAUCUCGGCCCGAACGGAUGGGAUACCCUCGUCGGGUCGAAGAAUGUCGGCGGCAUCACCGUCAUGGAGGGAGCUAAUCAUUUCACCAUGACGCGUGGUGAAAAAGCAAAGGAGCUGGCGGCGUUCAUUGCGGGAGCAAUGAACACUGCUUAA